ACCUCCGGACGCCAGCGCUACGUUAAGCCGGGGCGGGGAACCCCGUCUGCGGCUUCCAUCUCUAAACUCCCGCGGGUCGCAGUCGCCCCCACCCCUCCACCUGGCGGGGGCGGCGCGGGAGCGAAGAGGACGCGCUGUGCCGGUGAGCACGCGUAGACCAGUGCGCGGAUCCAGUCUCUGCCUCUGCCUUCCGCUCGCGGCGGUGCCUGGACUCUGCUUUCCGUCCCGGAAUUGGUGCGGCCGGCCCGAGGCCCCUCUUCGCUGGCGGGGCGCUGAGGGCUAUUUUGGAGAGCGGUGGUGGUAGCAGUGGCGGCGGCGGUGGCGGCUGAGUCUGGUGCCCGGGAGAGCUCAAGACGCACACUCCGCUCCCUGUCCGUUCCUCUCCUCCUGCUUCCUCCUCCUUCCUCCUCCUCUCCCCUCCCCUCCUUCCCACCCAAGUGCCCCUAGUCCCACUCCUCCUCUUCCUCCUCUUGCUUCUCUUCCCUGCUCGGCGAUGCGAGCCUGUAUCGUGUAACCGGAUUGGCGUUGCAAUGGCAACUGAUGGAAUGGGGGAAGGCAAGACAGCAGGGCUGGGGGCUCCGGACUGCGGGCGGGCGGGCCCCUGCCGCCGCUUGAAGCUUCUCCGGGGACCUUCGCGAGUUACUUUGUAAAGGCGAACCCAGGCGAGGAAGCCUCCGCUCGGCACCCCGAGUCAGAGGCCACUUCCUGCUCUUUGCCAUCCGCGCCAGGCUCGCAGCGCUCGGCACCCCCGGCCCCUGCCCGCGCCCGCCCAGCGCGCCGCCGCUGCGGAGAUCCAGCCCGCUCCCUUGGAGAACACUUCGCAUCAAGGAUCCCCUUCCCUUCACGACCCCGCUCCUCCCCAUCAUCUGCGAUUUUCCCAGCGCUCGGUGUGAGUGAGGCGUGCCUGUGAGUGUGUGUCAGGUUAUUGUGUUGUGGGAGAGUGUGUGUGUCUGUGUGUGCGUGCAUGAGUGUGGGGUGUGUGGGGCCCCUGCGCUCCGCUCACGGCCGCCGCCGGGGAAGGACGGACGGACGGCGCUUCCCCGGGCAAGCGGUUCCUGGGCACCUCGGCGCGGCCCGGGCGCGAGUGGAGCGCACUCGCCUGGCCGCCGGCCUCCGGAAGGUCCCGCUGCUUCCCCCCUGGGCUGGAUAUGUUCAUGUUCACGUGAAGAUGGAUUUAGUGUACGGUCUCGUUUGGCUGCUGACAGUCCUCCUGGAGGGAAUCUCUGGCCAAGGAGUGUACGCUCCCCCCACGGUUCGUAUUGUCCAUUCCGGCUUGGCCUGUAACAUUGAAGAGGAGCGCUACUCUGAGAGAGUCUACACUAUACGGGAAGGAGAAACCCUGGAAUUGACCUGUCUGGUCACUGGACAUCCACGUCCACAGAUCAGGUGGACCAAAACAGCAGGAAGUGCCUCUGACAGAUUCCAAGACUCAAGUGUCUUCAAUGAGACUUUGAGGAUUACAAAUAUUCAGCGACACCAAGGAGGCCGGUAUUACUGUAAAGCAGAGAAUGGUUUGGGGUCCCCAGCGAUAAAGUCGAUCAGAGUGGAUGUGUACUAUUUGGAUGAUCCUGUAGUAACUGUUCAUCAAAGUAUAGGUGAAGCUAAAGAACAGUUUUACUACGAGAGAACAGUGUUCCUCAGGUGUGUUGCCAACUCCAAUCCACCUGUUCGGUACAGCUGGAGACGCGGCCAGGAGGUGUUACUACAAGGAUCUGAUAAAGGAGUUGAGAUUUACGAACCCUUCUUUACCCAGGGUGAAACAAAGAUCUUAAAACUAAAGAAUCUUCGACCUCAGGAUUAUGCUAAUUAUAGCUGCAUUGCUUCAGUGAGGAACGUAUGUAAUAUUCCUGAUAAGAUGGUUUCAUUUAGACUUUCCAAUAAAACAGCAUCUCCGUCAAUUAAACUCUUGGUGGAUGACCCUAUAGUUGUAAAUCCUGGAGAGGCCAUAACAUUAGUGUGUGUUACGACAGGAGGAGAACCUGCACCGUCUCUCACUUGGGUCAGGUCCUUUGGGAUUCUGCCUGAAAAGACUGUUUUGAAUGGAGGAACUUUGACCAUACCUGCCAUCACCUCAGAAGAUGCUGGUACUUAUAGCUGCAUUGCCAAUAACAAUGUAGGAAACCCUGCAAAAAAGUCCACCAACAUCAUUGUGAGAGCGUUAAAAAAAGGACGAUUUUGGAUCACGCCAGAUCCUUAUCACAAAGAUGACAACAUCCAGAUUGGGCGUGAGGUGAAAAUAUCUUGCCAAGUAGAGGCCGUUCCUUCUGAGGAGUUAACAUUUAGUUGGUUUAAAAACGGCCGUCCACUGAGAAGCUCUGAGAGGAUGGUUAUUACACAGACUGACCCGGAUGUCUCCCCGGGAACCACAAACUUGGACAUCAUCGAUUUAAAAUUCACGGAUUUUGGGACAUAUACAUGUGUAGCAUCUCUGAAGGGAGGAGGAAUAUCUGAUAUCAGUAUCGACGUUAAUAUAUCCAGCAGCACAGUUCCACCCAAUCUGACUGUUCCACAGGAAAAAUCACCUCUGGUCACCAGAGAAGGAGACACAAUAGAACUGCAGUGUCAAGUAACUGGAAAACCUAAACCCAUCAUCCUUUGGUCUAGAGCAGAUAAAGAAGUCGCAAUGCCAGAUGGGUCAAUGCAAAUGGAGAGCUAUGACGGAACACUGAGGAUUGUGAAUGUGUCUAGGGAAAUGUCAGGAAUGUACCGAUGUCAGACCAGCCAGUACAAUGGUUUUAAUGUGAAACCGAGAGAGGCCUUGGUGCAGCUCAUCGUGCAGUAUCCUCCCGCUGUGGAACCAGCAUUUUUGGAAAUCCGGCAAGGACAAGAACGAAGUAUCACUAUGAGCUGCAGGGUUCUGAGAGCUUAUCCCAUACGGGUACUGACCUAUGAGUGGCGCUUGGGCAACAAACUAUUACGGACGGGUCAGUUUGACUCUCAAGAGUACACAGAGUACCCGGUGAAGAGUCUUUCCAAUGAUAACUAUGGGGUUUAUAACUGUAGCAUCAUAAAUGAAGCUGGAGCUGGGAGAUGCAGCUUUCUUGUUACAGGAAAGGCCUACGCUCCAGAAUUCUAUUAUGACACCUAUAAUCCUGUGUGGCAAAACAGACACCGUGUUUAUUCCUACAGUCUCCAGUGGACUCAAAUGAAUCCUGAUGCAGUGGAUCGGAUUGUGGCAUACCGGCUGGGUAUUCGGCAGGCUGGGCAACAGCGUUGGUGGGAACAGGAGAUAAAAAUAAAUGGAAAUAUUCAAAAAGGAGAAUUAAUUACAUAUAAUUUGACUGAGCUAAUUAAACCAGAGGCUUAUGAAGUCCGACUAACACCUCUCACCAAAUUUGGUGAAGGAGAUUCAACAAUUCGUGUCAUCAAAUACAGUGCUCCUGUUAAUCCUCAUUUGAGAGAAUUUCAUUGUGGAUUCGAAGAUGGUAACAUUUGUUUGUUCACUCAAGAUGAUACAGAUAAUUUUGACUGGACAAAGCAAAGUACUGCAACAAGAAAUACAAAAUAUACCCCAAACACAGGACCUAAUGCUGACCGUAGUGGCUCCAAAGAAGGUUUUUAUAUGUACAUUGAGACGUCUCGACCAAGACUGGAAGGUGAAAAAGCGCGACUUCUCAGCCCUGUGUUUAGCAUAGCUCCCAAGAACCCUUACGGACCCACGAACACUGCGUAUUGUUUCAGCUUCUUUUAUCACAUGUAUGGACAACAUAUAGGUGUUUUAAAUGUUUAUCUACGUUUGAAAGGGCAGACAACAAUAGAGAAUCCACUGUGGUCUUCAAGCGGGAAUAAAGGACAACGAUGGAAUGAGGCUCAUGUUAAUAUAUAUCCAAUUACUUCAUUUCAGCUCAUUUUUGAAGGUAUUCGAGGCCCGGGCAUUGAAGGUGACAUUGCCAUUGAUGAUGUGUCAAUUGCAGAAGGAGAAUGUGCAAAACAAGACCUGACGAGUAAGAAUUCCGUUGAUGGUGCUGUUGGAAUUUUAGUACAUAUAUGGCUUUUUCCAGUUAUUGUCCUCAUCUCUAUCCUAAGUCCUCGAAGGUGACCUUAUCCUGGCAGAGGCUAUAAAAGAUUCACCAGGCACUGGCAUGAAGAGUCUUUGUAAAUGGACAUUGAAAAAACAAACUACCAAAGAUUCCUCCACUGACUACUGACUCAAAAUAAAAUAAUAAAAACAAAUUUUUUAAGCACUGGGGAUAAACAGACAUCAUGGAAGUAUAACUUAUUCCAAACUACAUAUAAAAGAUAGUCUUGACCUGAGUAGAGAAGAGACCUUCAGGUGCUUUUGUGGCUACAAAGAUUACAGCGUCAUCUGGUCAUCUGGUUGAACUCUGGAAAAAAAAAAAAAGAGCUAUAGAAAUUCUUGUCAAAGCACAAAGUCAUGGCUGGUUUUGUUUUAAAUGAAUAGUUUGCUUGUUACCAUGGAAACCUAAUGGCCUGCCAACAAAAACCUCAGUAUAAACAGGGUACAUGAAGAGCUGGCAUUUAUUUUCCUUUGGAGAAGGUUUUACGUGGAGAAUUAAACAAAUGUAGGCCCUUUUACCUUUGGUUGUUACCCUUCUUGAAAAGAACCCGAACUCAGAAUUAUUUCAAACGUUCAUCUUCCCUGCCUCAUCCCCAUCCUAACUUUAUUGUUUUUAUUUGUUUUCCUCCCAUGGCUAAGCUAGAUAACUGUAUGCUGUCUCUUUUUGCAUGCACUACUCUCCAGGAGGGUAAACCUGGGCUUACAUAAUACACAGGCUUAUCGGAGUGUGCUCGCGGCCACUUGAACACCCAAAUUAAGUCAUCUGUUCCAAUGAAGAAACCAAACCACCAUCUUUUAUAAAUUGCCAUGGAAACUAAGUGCCUUCAAUGAAACAAGCCUGAAUAAUUUUCAACUCAGAAGCUUGCACUGCUAAGAGUGGUUUGUGUAAAACUAUUUUAUAAACAAACUACAGAGCCUAAAUGUGCAAAUUACAGGCAAGACAACAAAGCCGCUUCUGAAGAAGAAAGGACCGAAGCUGCUGCGUAAGCCCAUGCAGACGAAAUAUUUGUUGUUUGUCCGGACAGCCAUGGCCUUUCGGCUUAUUGUCUAUUACAGAAUGACUUCCACUGAGACCAGACAUGAGAGCGACACUUUUUUUCUUCCAGGUUAUUAAAUGGGUCAACCAGAACAAAAGGUUAAGAUAAUAUUUAGCGUAGAAGGUGGUAAAACAUGAGCGAUUUUUUUUUUUUACUUUAACCUCCAUUUGAAAUGAAAUCGGCCCUAGCUUUAGAGGGAAAAAGACAAUGUUUGCAACUGCAGUGCAUACGAACUCUACAGCAGAACUGGGCCCGAAAAAUAUGGCUUUAUUCUAAACACUGAGGGGAAUAUGCCUCUGCCCUUUAGUCAGACUCUGUGCAAAUUGUGAAAUAUUAUUUUAUUAUUUUACAAAGAUUAAAAACACUUUUACAAAAAAACAAAAACCUGUAAAAAUGAUUUUGAGCUACCUGAGGACAAAUCAUACCUUUAACCAGCCAGUUUUCCAAUGCAUUGUAAAUUUCACUUAAACCUGUUCGUUAUGAAAAUUUGAAGAUCUUUUUUCCUUAAAUUAUCUCAGCUUUUAACUUCAUUUAAAAAGACUUUUGUCUAAAGAAGAAUAUUAUUAUUAUUAUACGUUCUUUCAACACCCCAGGAGUUUAAAAAACUGAUUAUGCAAGUAAUUGGAAUAUAAGUAUUAAAUUAUAACAUUUGCAAAUAUUAAUAUAAAAAGCACAACAAAAUGUAGUAGAAAAAUGACACAGCUUGAUUUUUUUUUUAAUUCUGUAGAAAUGUUUGUGCAAAUUCAGUCAUUCAACUUAAAAGAUAAUUUUACAGCUAUGUUCAAUAAAGCCUCUUUCCAGGGAAGGUAUGAAAAGCAGUACGUGUGUUUGUUGAGCAAUGUCCACCUGUCACCAGAAGGAGACUAGCUACACAGUUUAUCUGCUAUGUUACCAUGGGGUGACUCUUCAGUGCUUCAUGUACCUUAAUGUCUACAGGAAGAAAUUCUAAUAGGAACUCCCUGAUGCACUCAUCUAUAUUUGUGAUACAUGUUAAAAAGUGUCAUAUCUUUUAAAAGUAAAAUAUGAAACAAAUAGGAACUUGGAAUUUAAUGUGUAUUCUCAUAGUUAAAGAGGGGACCGGUCUGAAAAUGCAGGUAGUGAUAGAGAAUUGAGCUAAACCAAAACCUUUAAAUUAAAUAGAAAAACACAUGAAUUUCAUGACUUUUUAAAAUAAAUCAGGCAUAUUGAAUUUUUUUCAAAAUUACAGUCAACCAUCUAUUUUAUUACACCAAAGAGAUAGACAGUAUUUGGGCACUUAGCUUAAUAUAUGCUAAAUCUCCCUUCAGUUUGCCUUCCAUUUUGUGUGGCAAAUAUGCACUUUUCUCAACUAUCCCCUGUUAGUGGAUCCUCUUUUUAAUUGCCUUUCUGCACACUCAUUGCUUGUGAUAUCAAGGAAAAGGUUUUAGAUCUAAACAGAGGCUUAACUCAUUGCUGCCUUCUUUUCUUGAACUCCGAUUUAAGUGAGGAUUUUGCAAAAAACUAAAAAACUAUAUUCAGAAUAUUUGGAUAGACAUACCCUUUCUAGGAAAACAAGUCUCCUUGUCUCCUAAGUAACUUUACAUAAAGAAAUUGCUGCGAGAGUUUCGAACCUACAAUUAAACAUUGAUAAGGUAGUAAGAAUUUCUGUUUCCUUUUACACAGUAAGAAUACACAAUGCUUCAGAACUUGAAGAGAACUGGCUGGUACUUCAAAAAUUAAUUUUAAUUAAAUCAAGAAAGUGCUGAUGAGUGCCAAGAACAAAGUGCAAUCAAAAGAACUGCAAAGCAAUCGUAUUUAUCAAUACAGUAAUAAAUUAAAGAUAUAUCUCAAGUGGGUUCUGAAUCAUUUAUGCAAACCAACAAACUUAGAAUUAAAAGCAAUGUUUUUCACUCCAGAUCAAAUGUUUAGUUGCUUUAAUUGAAAGUCAAUGAAUAAAAAUGCAGGAAAUUCAAAAAACUGGGAUAAGUGAAAUACAUGUAAAUUGUGUUAAGUAGUCUCUUCUUUAAUAUUAGUGAUAAUAAUGACAAUUUACCUUUUUACCA